AUGGGGACGUUGAGAGCUGAGCUACAACGAGGUUUAUUUCAAGAUGAUGAGGAAAGGUUUUUGUCGUAUGUUGAUGUCACAAAAGAAAACGAGAAAAAGAAGAAAAAAGAAACUUACUUAUGUGUCACAGGUAUGAUAAAUAAGCUGAUUUUGUUUUAAAGCUUUUUUAAUGCUGCAAUUUAUAAUUUAUGUAACAUCAAUAAUGUCAUAGUAAUAUCCUCUUUUGUUACAGCUUCUAUUCAACAGCCUGUUGUGGUGAAGCUAUACUUGGUGCGAGCUAAAGAUGACGGGUAUCAUAAGAAGGAGAGCUUUAUGUUGCGCGAUAUUAAAGUAGUGGAUGGAAUAAACCCACGAAAACCGAAUUCUGAAUUCGAUAUUGUGUUUGGAGAUAACAGGAGAAGGAACUUCUUGGCUGUGUCUAUAAAUGGGAAGGAAGCCUUUAUAAAGGAAUUGUUUUUUGUAAGUUUACUUUUGAUUUGAUGUUUAUUCUUUAGAUUUCUCACAAGUUUUUGCCAAUUCAAAAACCAGAGUUUGUGAAUAUUAAAAUACCUGAUAUUGAAAGUCCGAAACAUAUAAACGUACAAGAUGACAGUGCUAUUCAAACGAUUCAGGACGAGGAUUAUCAUGUAAGCAGUAUAAAUGGAAAUUUAUUAUUUUGUAACGUGUAGGGUUAUUGGGAGGGUUUAGAACACGUAUCUAAUUUCACAGCGCAAUUUUUAGUUCAAAGAACACAAUAACAAUAUGGGGUGUUUUAAACUUUAUUAACUAAUUGAGCAGUAAAAUGAAGUAAAAAUAUGAAAAAGUAUAAGAAUAACGUGGAACAAAAGUUUUUGUUUUUAGCCGAUCACUCAGAAAGAAGAAGCCGACUUUAGAAGGAUGUUGAAGCAGUUUAAUCUACAGUUGUUUGAAGCCAAAGAGUUCAAUGACAAGUUGACGCAAAUGUUGGCUGAUCUUGAUAACACUAACAUUGAGAGCAUAAUGGCUAGCGAGACGGCUGUAGCAGAUCUCAUCAACAAUUUGGAGAAGUGUGAUGAACACAUGAAGUUUCUAGGGGAUCGGCUGUUUGCUUAUGACACUGUUUUACAUGUAUGUUUGUUUGAUUUUUGUUGGGUUAAUUAAGGUUUGAAACGUAGAAAAGGAACUGUUUUAAAAUUAACAAAAUGUUAAAAUAGUAUAUGUAGGUAUUGUAACAAGUAAUCAACAAACAUGUAUAUCAAUGUUUUCAGCAAGUGGAAGAAAACGUAGAAAUCAUCGAGGAAAAGGCCAAUCUUGGCCAAGUCGAACGGGAAAACUUGCGAUUGUUACUUAACUCGUUGACUGAGUUUAGCGAACUUAUGGUUACUGUAAGUCCAGAACAAUUGGAACUUUUGAGACGACCAAAGUUUGGCGAUGCUGCAUCGUAAGUUAUUAUCAAUCCAAGAUCAGUUUUUGGGUUACCUCCUAGUAUUAACUUUUUAAUGAUGAUAACGGUUUUAGGAUAAACUUGUGUUUGGAAGCUGCGAAGCGAGCUCACAAGUUUAUGAGUACAGAAACUCCUCACAGUCACACCGACGCCUAUAAAGAAGGUAUGCAGACAAUACGAUCUGCUUUUGGCACUUUUGUCGACACUUUUUACUCUUACAUAUCAGCUACUAUUGAGAACAUGGUAUGUUUGUUGUUAUCACAAUAGUUUUGCGAGCACUUAUUCGUAGAUAUUGGUUUUUAGGUACUUUUUACUUAAAUUUGUUCAUUUUUUUAUUUGUAAAUGUAUUUCUGGUUAAAUAUUGUUGAUAACUUCUCUUCAUGACUCUAUAAACAACAUUACAGAGAGACCGUGUUCCAUUGGACGAGUCGACCAUAAUGCCAAAACAUUCUGCCGUUUACAGACAGCUGAACAACUUUGGCGAAAUUGUGAACGUAAUCAGAGUAUCAAGGCCGAAUGUCUAUCAGAGGUUACUGGACAACUAUCGACAACAUACGGCGACGAUAUUCCACCAAGACCAACAGAAUUUCUAUCAAAAUCACGAAAUGAGGGUGAAUAUGAUGCCAGGUAACGGGUUUUGUUAUUAUUGGUUGCGUACUUUGUAAACUUAAAUUUGUCUACUUGUAUUAUUGUGUCAUCAUAAGUUGAUGAUAGGUACGUAAACGACAUUUUACGUAUGGCAUAAUCGUGAAUAACACUGGCUUUGUUAUUGGGAGGAUUCGAUCUUAUUUAUAAAUAAUAUUAACCUUUUGUAGCCCACUCAAAGGCGGAACUCAAUGAAUUCGGAUCUCUGAUGGAAAUGGUGGCGGCCGAGUCGGAGAUAGUGGUCCAAGCUGAACAAUCAUUUCUUCAAAAGUUCUUCCACAUUCCGUCGAUCGACCCAACCACUCAACAGUUGAGCGACUCGAUGAGAUCAGUGAUAAGAACAAUAUUCGAACCAAUGGCUGAUCUUUUCCAGAAAUUCGGCCGAGCUUGUUGUUCUAGGAACCCGCAUGAGUAUGUAGUGUAAUAUUGUGUUGGGGUUUGGGCUAUAAUUUUGGUUUUUUGGGUUACUUUGCGAAUUGUAUAUACUGAAUUUUUUAAAAUUACCUUGGAAAUUUAAAUUUAGUAUCUUACUAUCUUAAAUUCAAUUUUUCAUUUUUUUUAUUUCAGAUUACCAGCGGCCUUAUUUGUCCGCUUAGUGUCGUUGUUACCUAAAUACAAUAACCCUAAGGCUUACUUUUCCACUGUUUUUGGAAACUUUGUAGUGGCAAUGAAGAGGAUAUUGGAUGAACAGAUGGUAAGCGACUUCUUUUGAGAAAUAUACUUAAUUUAUGUCAAAAGAAGGAUCGACUUUUUGUUUUUCAUGCUAUUAUUCGUAAUGUACCUUGUCUUACUUUAUCUUGAAUCCUAAGCUAUGGUGAUUAUUUCAGAAUCACCGCCUAGAAUCUUAUCGUAAUCAGCGAAUCUCGAAGCGACAAAGAAUUGGAUUGUUAUCGUGCAUCGAUGAGUUCAGCGAUCUCAUCAAAAACAUGGAUGCCAUAUUUGGAAACAGUGAACGACGAUCUGAUUUCGAGAAAUGGGCUGUAAAACUGUGUAAUGGAGUAAUUGAAGGUAUUGACAACGCUGCCAUGUCACCGAACUCAAAGUCACCAGCUUCGGUGGUCAGGCUGGAGAACUUCCACAAGUUGCAUUGUAAGUUUGGAUUGAGGAAUAGGCCAGGAUAUUAAUCAUAACUGGUCUAAAAGUGUAUAGCCAAUUUCUUUGAACUAGGUGUCUAUUAUAAUUGAGAGUUCUAUAUACUUUUUGACCAAAAUCGCGUUGGGUGGUAUCUGAUUGAAAACACUUGAUGUUAUUCUUGUAGCCGUUCUGUCAGAGAUGAAAGUGCCAGCCUUGGAUGAAAUUCGAAAUCAAGUAAAGAGAAAGUACCAGGAAAACAUGAAGAUCUACAUAUUUGAUUACCUCGGGAAGCCUUUGGAGAAACUACAUGUAAGUUUAUGUACUUGAGCAUUCAAAGGCAAAAGAUAAAAUACCAAAAAAUAACGCAUUUUUCCAAAAAAAUGUUUUUCUACAAACUUAUGGACCAGGUUGGCAUUGUGAUUCCAAGUUAAUAUUUAAAACAUUUUCAGCUCUUCUUUGAGUCAGUCGAAUUUGCCAUAAAUUCUGGAGUGCGCCCGGAAGAAGUCGGUUUCCAACAACAGUUCAGUCGAGGCGAACUGAAGAAGGCCAUAAGUGCUCAUCAAGGUCGAGAAGUGAAGAAAGGUCUCGAGAAUCUGUACGCCAAAGUGGAGAAGCAUCUGAAUGCGGAUUCUCCGCUGCUACAAGUUGUCUGGAGAGAUAUGCAACAAGAAUUCUUGUCACAAAUCAAGCAUUAUCAGCGACUCAUCAGCCAAUGUUACCCAAACUCUCGUCUCAAUCUCGAGUUCACAAUAGAAGACGUCUUGAAUUACUUUUCACAAAUUGCACAACAACAUUAG